AUGUCACCGAAAAUCGAAACUGACAUUCCAAGAAUUCUUGCAAAGCAGCAUCAAACGGAUGAGGCAAGGAAAGCUCUCGCUCUGGAGCACAUCCACCACAAGUACCCAAGCAAGAAGUGGACUCGUGCCCACACCGAUGGUUCUGCAGCUGAAGCUACCAAAGAUGGAGGGGCUGGCAUCCUCAUCAAGUUCAAGGCCAAGGAAGAGGAAAUCGCCAUACCAACUGGGAGAUACUCCAGCAACUUCAGAGCGGAAGCGACAGCACUGCAAGAAGCGGCCAAGAGACUGGCACAGGGGAGAAGAAAAGCCCCAAAAAGCAUUGUCAUUUUCACUGACGCCCUCUUCGUCCUAGAAGCACACAAGAACCCCAGGAGCGAGGAUCUAGACCACCUGAUCACAGCUUUGAACAUCCUUUGUAACUACAACAAGAAGGUCGUGCUGCAAUGGAUACCAACCCACUGUGACAUUAGAGGCAACGAAAGAGUAGACCGUCUCGCAAAUGAAGGAAUUAGGAUGGAGCAGACUGACCUGCAUGAGCUUCUUCUACGACGAGGCCAAAUAAACAGUCAAAACAGUCUUCAAGACCAAGUGGAAAAACAACCACCCCGAAUAUGA